GUAGACACAAGUGAUGGUUAGGAUGGAAUCAUUAGAGAGUUGCCAGUCUUUCACAUCAGUUCGGGAAACAAGGAAGUGAAACCUUUUGCCCAACCUGUAGUUUUACGAUGGCCUUUCUAUCUCUACAGCUAUUUUGUCUCAUUGCAUUCGCAUUAAACUUGUGCUCGCUGUCCAUUCAGUAAAAAAAAGGUAAGUAUUUAGAGUAUUGCGCAAAUUAAGAGCAUAUUAAAUCUUCACAGUGGCAGGAGGACCAAUAUGUAGUUGAAAUUUAAUUACAUACAUUUCUGGCCAACUGACGCAUUCAACAUGUAUGAUAGUAAGAUGUAAACAAUCAAAGUAGGACUAAUGAGACCAAUGUGUAACCAAUCAAAAUAACAUUCAUGAGACUAAAAUUUAACUAAUCAAAGAAGGACUUAAGAGUCUGAAAUGCAAAACACAAAAAAAAAAAAAAAAAAAAAAAAAAAAAAAAAAAAAAAAAAAAAAAAAAAAAAAAAAAAAAAAAAAAAAAAAAAAAAAAAAAAAAAAAAAAAAAAAAAAAAAAAAAAAAAACCGGGAUUAAUGAGACUCAAAUUUAACCAAUCAUAUUGGGUCUCAUGAUUCUAACAUGUAACCAAUCAAAGAGCAACUUGCAAUAUUCUUAGUGAUAGAAUAACCUUAAGACCCCACAACCCAGGCAAAACACGUGUUAACCACUAGUUGUCGCCCAUCUCAACAGGCUGUACAUUUUUCGGCAAUAAUCCAUUAGUAAGUAGCACGUGCUUCCAUUUGAGCAAAAAAGCCUUGACCUGGCAGGAUGCGCACACUUUCUGUCAUUCAAACCAAGGAUGGCUGAUGAACUCUGUGUAUGAAACGGCCUCCUACGUUGACCCCAGGGUACUGAAAUUUAACGGUGAGUAAAGUAGUUUUAUUAUUGUUGCCCGACCGUUCAUGGUGAUCCCUUUUUAAAGGCACCCAAACAAACAAAUUCGGUUGGUGUAGUUUCGGCGCCAGGACUUCUCCGUUAAUUUGCAUGUUACAAAAAUCUCAGAAUUCCCACAUCUUAUGUCAAUAUUUCGAAACCUGGAUCUCUAACUCUCUAACAUGCAGGUGUGGGGAUUUUUUUUCUUGUUUCGUGCAUGGGAUCGGUGGUCUUACAGGCCUCAGGGCAACUACCCCUUUUUUUGCGCGAGGUCCCUAGAAUUUUUUAAUCCCAUUAUUGACUGGAAGAUAUUAGUAGUUGUUCCUUUCGGUCCACCCAGGCUAUUUCAUCUCUUUGGUGCCAGCCUUGUGUGGUUAGCGUUUUCCUACCAAAGACAAGGCUGGGCGACUGGAAGUCAAACGGCUAAUUCACACGUUUCUCACGUCACUUGUAAAGUCAUAUUCGUUAUCAUGUUAUUAUUUCUAUUUUUAAAAAUUGUCAUAGUGAGUUUUAUGAAUACGGAUUGCAGGGGUGCACUUCCAACAUUUGUCAUAGUGAGUUUUAUGAAUACGGAUUGCAGGGGUGCACUUCCAACAUUUGUCAUAGUGAGUUUUAUGAAUACGGAUUGCAGGGGUGCACUUCCAACAUUUGACGAUGGGAAUAUAAUUCUGGUCUACAGCCAUAUUAUUACUAGAGCAUGAUGUUUUUUUUUUAUCAUGUUUGGCUUUCAUGACAUGUUUGAGAUGAUGUGCCACACGAUAAAUCUUUUGAGCAAUUCCCACACAACAACGUAAAUCCAAGAAGGAAAUUUAAUUGUCCAUACUAACUGAGCCGUGUGUCGCUGUGAGAUCAUUUGAAGGGGCUGGGAAAAGGAAGGGGGGGGGGCUUAACUAAAAUAAUUAAUAAAUCUCGUUUUAACAUAACUGUAGGAGACCAGAGCGACCUGUGAUCAUUGUUUAAAUCUUCUUCUUAACCACCUUUGUCUAUGCAGCAGAUUUAUAUCAUUCCCGUAUCUUCUUAAGCUAUUUACGAACAUCUAAGAUGAGACACACGAGUUACCCUCGCCAAAAGCGUUGUUCAGAAGUAAGAUUGCUUUGUGCAUGACAAGAUGUGAUCAAUAGCUUCUCGUUAGCUUUGAAAGCAUUGUCAAUGUGGAACACUUCAAUCAAAAAAUGUAUCUUGGAUAUUUUUUAUACUGGAAUAAAUCGUUUGACUCUAAUCCCUGUGACCUCUAGGGUUUUUUUUUCUUGGUUCCCAGACAACUGAACGCACGACAAGUGAACCUAUGACAACUGAACCUAAGACAACCGCACCCAUGACAAGUGAACCCACAGACAAGUGACCACACUGACAAGUGAACCCAUAGACAACUGAACGCACGACAUGUGACCACAAAAAUAAUAAAAUUGAAUAGAAUUAGUAUUAAAUUUUAAAAUUCCGAAACGCCUAGAAAAUGUACUUAAAUUUUCUACUGAUUAAAUACAUAUGAAUAAUAUGAUAUACAUUUUUAUAAUUAGUUUCAUUGGUUAAUAAAUUAACGUUAAAAAAUAAUUCUACUCUGCAAAGCAUUGCGGCUUAAAAAAAUAAUUUAAAAAACGAGUAAUAAUAUAGUUGGCAAAUUAUUUUGGUUUUGCAAUUAGAAUUAGAACGAGUUAUUUGUUCUUGUCAAGAAAUGUCUUCUUACGGACCGUCUCAGUCUCAGUGCGACUCUGAUAAUGAAAUGUAUUCCUUAUGUCGCCUUUAAUAUGAGCGUACUGCCCAAUGCUAACAUCGACAGUAUCGGCGUAAACAAGUAGGCCCUAGCCCUAAGCUUAAUUUUAAGUAUUCUUUCCAUAUUUUGAAAUUCGGUUCUCCGCUACUAUACAAAAAAUAAAGUGGUCUUUUUACAUUUUUACCUGCCUCAAGACAUACUUUCCAGAGGCAUACCAUACUAUUCGGGAUAUUUUAAGAGUGUUGAUUUUUAUUGAUUUUAUUAAUUUAUAAUUGAAUUGAUGCUUUGCUCAACUAUGCGAAAUAAAUAUCGUCUAACAAACGUGUUUAGUAGAGUUAUAUUAAGUUAGAAUGAAUAUAAAUUAAUGUAUUUGCGGACUUUUUUAUUUAUUACCCGGUAUUUUUUCCUAUAAUUUUUUAACUUCCAUGAAUUAUCCCAUUACUAUUAAUUUAUUGUAUAGAAAAAAUAGACAACGUACAGUUUAGAUAAUGAAACCAAGAACCCUUAUUAAAGUCAUUUUUUAUCCUAAAUAAAAAACAAUAAAGCCUAGACUCCUCCCUUUUACUGUGUUAUAAAGUUAUAGUAUAGGUUGAUUAAAGUAAAGUGUCUGGGAACAUGCUACCAUUUUUAGUUAUUACCCUAACACCACUUUAAUGUAAUCUCUUGGUAAUCAAAGGCCCACUAAGAAUAGGAUGACAUUAUUUUAAUAAGUUAUAGUUGAUUAAAGUAAAGUGUCUGGGAACAUGCUACCAUUUUUAGUUAUUACCCUAACACCACUUUAAUGUAAUCUCUUGGUAAUCAAAGGCCCACUAAGAAUAGGAUGACAUUAUUUUAAUAAGUUAUAAUAUAGUUUCUAUAAUAUGUAUAAUAUAAUGGGUUUUUUAAAUAUUGUUUAGGCAUAUUAACAAGAAUAAAUCAUCUUGUGUUUGUAAUGGUAAUCUACGUUGUAGUGUUAAUUUUAUUUAUAAAUCAAAUAAAUUUUAAUUUCACAUGUUUUUUUUUGAGUAUUUAUAUUAUAUUGUGAUUAUUAAGUUACAUAUUAACUAUUCUUAUGCUGAAACUGAAGUCCAGUACAAGUUCUAAUUUAUAUAUUAUUUAUAUUAUACAUUCAAGUAUUAUACAAAAAUGCAUACUAGUACUAGUUCUUAGAAAUAUUUGUUCAGUUUGCAUAGUGUUAGUAUAGUAUAAUAAAGACAUAAAGUUAAGUAGAUAGAUCAGAGAGCCAUGCACAGUGACAGUAUUGUCAAAGAUCUAAUUCAACAAGUAAUUACUGAAUCAUUUUAAUUUUACUAUUUAGCUAGUGUAAACUCAAGGAUUAGUGGGCUAGUAUUAGUAUGUUACAGUAUUUAAAAAAACUUAAUUCUUGUUUGUAUUAAAAAUAUUUUAAACAAAAUAAAUUCAAUUAUAUUUUUACCACAAAACUAUUAAGUCAAUAUCCAAGUCUAUUGUAUAAGUUUAAGAACUAUUCUUAUAAGUUUAUAAGUUGUAGUCAAUCCAUGAUUUAUAUUUGUAUGGUGAAAUUUUGGCAAAUUUAUAUUACACAAGAUACAUAUUUAUUUUUCAUGGAAUGUUUGACUAUGGUUUAUGUGAGAUAAUGAAGAAUUUUGUUUAAUUAAACUUUGAAACUUUUAUUUAUUUUUAUUUUUCAUACUUACUACUUCGUGAAAUUUUUGUCAAAAUGACUUGUCUAAUUUAGUACUCUUAAUGAAGUCAAUGGGAUAAAAAGUGCUCAACAAUUAUUUUAUAAUUUUAAAAAAAAAUUAUUAUAAACUAUACAACAAAUUAAAAAGAAAAUUGAAAAAAAAAGGAAGAAUGCGUAUCAUUAUAUAGAAUAUGUUUAUUAUCAAAUAUAAUAUCUGAAUUCAUGAAAAAUAACUCUGAAUAAUGAAUUUUAAUUCUGCACAAGUAAGCUAUCUUAUCAUGUUUAUUUUCAUAUCCCUGAACUGCUAAUGCCACCUGAUCAUCUAGAAGUGCAUAUUUCUUCUUUUUUUUCUGGUUGAUCCAUUUGUGCUUUUGCCAAAGUGAGCCUAUGACAAGAUAUAUCCUUCUGAAGGCCCUCAAAUAAACUCCAGAUACUUGGAUGGCUGCAAUGAAAUAAUGCAUUUAAGCCAUUGUGAAAUCCUUCACAACAAUUAGUAGUUUUUGGUGACCUUUCCAUAGCAGCAUCAUAUUGAUUCCAAAUUUUGAUUGGAAAUUGUGGCUCUCUACCUAUUGCACCUUCAAUGUAAGUUGAAAAAAAAUAGGUCAGAACUUCAUUAUACCUUCCAUCAUCUGGGAAUGUUGCAGCAAGAGUAUCAAACACAGCUCUCACAUCAUUUAUGGGUACAAAUGCUAAGGCUGCCAGAGAUUUUAGUUUCAAUUUAAGUUCAAUGUCUGCCUCAAAAUCAGAUUUUAGGCCAACACAACUAAUUUUUAUUAUCAAAUUCUGGCAUAAGUGAAAAUAACAACCCUUAACCUCUGCGCUUGGGAAAGCUGUAAGAACUGCUCUCAUACAGGCUUUUUCAAAAUCUUCCAAAAAUUUUUGAGGGGAUAAGUUUGGCAAAAGUUGUUUCAAAAUUUCACACAUGUUGGUAUAUGUUUGAAGGUUUUUUCUUUGCAAAAGAAAAUAUAUGCAUGGAGGGUAAGAAUUACAAACUUUCGCAUGCCAUGUGUAAAGUUGGUAAAACAAUUUUGGCACCUUGUCAAAUGUUCCAUCCCCAUACAUUUCAUCCUUAUCCAAUUCAAGUAAUAAAACUUUAUUCCCAAUUGCUAGAAUUCUGUUUGGAUCAUAGCUUCCUGAGUCAUAUAGAGUUAAAUGAAGAUAUUUUUGGUGGGAUGUCAAAACUGGAAGUAGUUGGUAUAGGAAAAUGCUCCUCGUUUCUGUGUCGAAUUAAAGUUCUAGUUAGGGAUGAUUGCUUGGGAAUAUGCUGCAGGACAUCGUUGCUAAAAUUUAUUAGCACAUUACCUAUAAUAUUUUUAGGUGUUGCACCAAUAGCCUUAAUACUUUCUUUUAUUUUGCUUACAGCAAUGUUAGCCUUGGCUUUUUGUGGACAAGAAUCAUGGGUGUGUGUUGUUGGCUCUGCAAUAACAUUAUUUUUAUGUGUUUUUAUAAACACCGUGCAAUCAUACUGUCUGCAUCUCCACGGCAUCACAUCACUGUCUUUGCUUUCUCUAUGUUUAAUAUAUUCAAAUCCUUUGUGUACCAAUACCAAAUUUCCUCUUUGAGUCUUUGAAAAUUCCAUAGCCAUUAGGGAAAGCUUAAAAAGAACAAAAAUAUAACUAAAUAUUAUUUUAAUGAAAGGAAAAAAUAAAAUAAUGUUAAUUCAUGAACUGAUUUUUAAGGAUAUAUGCAUCUUUGAUUUAGACUUAUCCAAAAAAUAAAGUACUCAAAGGCAUUUUUAAUCAACCUGUUAGGACACAAAUAUCUUCCCUAAGAGUAAAAAAAAAGUAUGGAAUGCUUUGAAUUUCAUCACUGCUAGUAGAGGUGGCAGAUACAUUUCCUGAAUAGAAUGGAACUUAAAAUCAUUUCUAUUAUAUAAUGUUUGUCAACCUAUAAACAUUUAUAACAACAUUUUAAGAAUCAAGUACCAGGAUAUCAGUCUUUUGGCAUUAGGCAGGUAAAAUCUUGGCAUUUCAGUUGUUUUCUUAUUAGUAAAUAUGAUCAUAAUUUAUUUCUUAAGAUUUAUCACAGGCCAUACUACCAAAGUGCUACAGGUUAUACCAGUGGUCGGCAAACUCAAUAAUCAAAAGAAUAAAUUAGCAGCAGCAGGACGGUUAAAAAAUUUUUUAGAGCCAGAUUUUGUUUCAAGAACCUGUAAAAAAAACAUGUUUUUCUGGGUCAAAACCGAUUUUGAAGACGACUGGCCGAGCCGCCCUCCGGUCACUAAAGACCAGCAUGCGGCUCUUGAGCUGCGAUUUGUCGACCAAUGGGCUAUUAUAACUAUCAGUAUCAGCAUAUGCCUUUCUUAAAAAUACAAUUGAAAAUAUAACUAAAUAUAACUACAUUUAUUUAUGAUAAUAUAAUGUCACAUAUGCUAUAGUAAAAAUAAAAUAACUUACAACAAUUAUUAAUUUUGUAAAAGACGAAAUUAUAAUAUUUUUUCUUCGUUUAUUUUAUAAAUUAUGUAGGUACUAUUUUUAGAAGCCUAAUCGUUUUGAAGAGUGCUUAUGACUCAACAUAAACACAUGAUUUAUAAGACACCUAUGAAUGAGACACCAAUAAAAAAUGAUUUUCAAUUCAGUGAUGAGAAUGCUCAAUGAUGAGUGACCACUUACACUUUUCAUUUAUUUAUUAAUCCAAUUUAAAGUGAUGGUGAGGCUAUGGCCUAAAGCUAUAAACUAAAAAGCAACAUUGGAAGUAGAAUAAUUUACAGGAAUAAUGAUUGUGAAAAUACUCACUUUUAUUAGUGUUGCGCUUUUGGUCCAAAACUUUAGGGAGGAGGGCUCUUGUUCGUACUUUUCCUUUGAUAAAACUUUGUUGCCGCGCUUUCUCAGACUAAAGUUUCAGGUUUUGUUGUAUUUGUAUAAUUCAGCAUUAGAACAUCUAUACAUUGUAUGUUUUCUAGACAUUUCGGCUUUUUUACAUUAUCCUAUUUAAUUUUUUAUAUUUUUUGUGGUCACCUGUCGUGCGUUCGGUUGUCUAUGGGUUCAGUUGUCAGUGUGGUCACUUGUCUGUGGGUUCACUUGUCCGUGGGUUCACUUGUCAUGGUUUCGGUUGUCUUGGGUUCAGUUGUCGUGGGUUCACCUGUUAUGCGUUCAGUUGUCCGGUCACCGUUUUCUUGUAUAAUCAUCGGUCAUUUUGCCUUGUUUUCUCUCAUAAUCAUUAUGAACUUUUGCCUUGUUUUCUGUUGUAGUCAUUGGACUUUUAGCCUUGUUAUAAUCAUUGUGACCUUUAGCCUUGUAUUCUUUUAUAAUUAUUGUGACCUUAAGCUUUGUUUUCUGUUAUAAUCUCUGUGACCUUUGAUCUUUUUUGUUUGUUACAAUCACUGUGACCUUCGUCCUUGGUGUCUGUGAGAUUCAUAGCGCGGAUGCAUUUUCUGAGAAACUGUUUUCAUCAAUGUUCCUCCGAUUCUUUUUUUUGUUUUUGUGUAGUUGUUUUUUUUGGCCUCUUGCAACAAAUCUCUUUUUCAUAAUUUGCUAUUUAAUGAUUAAUAAGAGUCAUUAGAAACUCUUCAGUCAAACUACUUUAUAGACUUAAUGAAACUAAUACACGGAGCAAUGACUUUGCUUUCUCGGUGCGUUUUAUUUUACGUUUACGUAGAAUCCUAUCGUAUGGUCUUGGAACUUUUCAAUAUCCUCCACACAUCAACAAUUAUGAAACAGAUUAAACUGAUUUUUAAGCCAUUAUUUCGGUGGUUUAUUGUGCUAAUGGUGCUAUCGGCUAAAAUUAUUUCUUUGAUGAAGUAUUUGUAUUUUAAAAACUUUCUCAGAGUUUCUAUGACCAAGAGAGUCUGAACAAUGAGAACGAGUUGGCCAUGACCAUCAUCUCCAUUGUGGGACUGAGCCUGUCUAUUAUAGGACUCUCUUUGUCGAUUCUCUCCUUCCUUCUCAUCAAGUAAGUCUUGAAACUUCAAAUCAAGGAUAAUUUCCAGAGGAAACUAAGCAAUUAACCUUUCCCUUAUUUUUACCGCAUACCUUUGUAACAUUUUUACUUUUAUUGCACACACAAAAAAACUAGUCAAGGAACAAUGUUCCCGCUAAGGUUUGUUGGUUCGUGUGCAAAAUCAAAAAGCUGUGUGCAAAGUUUUACAGCAUCAAUUUUUUUGUGUGCAAAAUUUUAAAGCCCACGGACACAAACACACACUUACAUGGAAAUUUGCUUCGCGGAACUCAAAACUACUUCGCGGAGUCUGUGCAGCUUAACGGGAACAUUGUCCAGGAAUUAACGUCAUGAUUACUGUGAUAACCAUUAUUAAAUAUAUUAAAAUGAUUUUUUUUUAAAUUCCUCAAAUAAGUAUUUGUUACGUUGUUCAUUUAUUGACUUCUAAAACUAUAUUAAAAUAGAAUAUAUCUUUGCAGACUUGUGCGGCAAGGCCGGCCUCAGCAGACACUGUUCCAGCUGUGCCUGGCACUCCUCAUGUCCUGGGUCGUGUUCCUGGCCGGAGUCACCCAGACAUCGUCCCACGCUGGAUGCAUUGCUGUGGCAGUACUGCUCCACUACCUCAUCAUGUCGUCCUUCAUGUGGAUGUUGAUGGAGGGAAUCAUGCAGUAUCUGCUCUUUGUCAAGGUCAUGAACACAUACUUCUCUCAUUAUAUGUGGAAGACAUCCAUACCAGCAUGGGGUACGUUAGACAUCCAUACCAGCAUGGAGUACUUUAGACAUCCAUACCAGCAUGGGGUACGUUAGACAUUCAUACCAGCAUGGCGUACGUUAGACAUCCAUACCAACAUGGGGUACGUUAGACAUGCAUACCAGCAUGGUGUACGUUAGACAUUCAUACCAGCAUGGGGUACGUUGAUUGUGUCAUUAAAACACUUCUCUGUGUACCCCCCCCUGAAGCUGUCAACUGCUUCCCCCAUUCGGAGAAAUAUAGAUACCAAAAUAAAUAGAAAAUAUUUUUUAAAAAUUAUAAUGACGUGGUCAUUUUCAUACAUUGUUAUAAAGAGUAGUAAUUGGUAACUUUCACCUGGGUAUAAAAAAUACCUACGUCACCGUAUGCUGACCAUAAACACCACGUAUAGUAAUAUAAAAAAAUACCUAUGUCACCGUAUGCUGACCAUAAACACCACGUAUAGUAAUAUAAAAAAAUACCUAUGUCACCGUAUGCUGACCAUAAACACCACGUAUAGUAAUAUAAAAAAAUACCUAUGUCACCGUAUGCUGACCAUAAACACCACGUAUAGUAAUAUAAAAAAAUACCUAUGUCACCGUAUGCUGACCAUAAACACCACGUAUAGUAAUAUAAAAAAAUACCUAUGUCACCGUAUGCUGACCAUAAACACCACGUAUAGUAAUAUAAAAAAAUACCUAUGUCACCGUAUGCUGACCAUAAACACCACGUAUAGUAAUAUAAAAAAAUACCUAUGUCACCGUAUGCUGACCAUAAACACCACGAAUAGUAAUAUAAAAAAAAAAGACUGAUAUAGUUGGAGAACUCUUGAACCCACGAAAAAGCACAAUGCUUGAUAUGUUUGAUUGGAUGAUUCGAAUAGUUUAAGGCAAAUCUAGAUACAAGAUCGGAUUCUAAAGUCUAUAUUGUUCCGAAUAUAGCGCCCACUCCUCAUAAUAUGCAGCACCAUUUCUCCCGUUGUUCACAUUUUUUUAGAAAUUGUUUUUUUGUGUGUUUUUUUUUUUGUGUUUUUUUUUAACAACCCUAUCUUAAAGACGUGCAUCAUGCGUAAAGGUACGGCCUAUACGCUUAACACUACUUUAUUAAAUGACCCUUCAAUAUAUAUAAUGGCCUUUUCUUUUGAAAUAUAUCUUACUACGUAUCCAACAUUUGCAUUAUUUUUUUACAUUUCUAGUUCUUCACACAAUGGUAUCAACUUUGAAACUUGGAAAUAUUUAGGAAAGUUAAUUUUCAAGCUUGAUUUUUGAGACACGCACAUUUUUCAUAAGGAAAUAAAUAUCUGAAUGGAUUUAUUUAAAAAGUAGUGUAACGAAAUAAAUGGUUUCAAUAAGGACUAUAAAACAAGAUGACUGUUGAAUAACAAUAUAAAUAAAGUAUUUGUGUAGACACAAGCAUUCAAGAGACACCUACAUGUUGACUUUAUCUCUAGUGAUGCUCUUCGAUAAAGUAUUGGUGUAGACACAAGCAUUCAAGAGACACCUACAUGUUGACUUUAUCUCUAGUGAUGCUCUUCGAUAAAGUAUUUGUGUAGACACAAGCAUUCAAGAGACACCUACAUGUUGACUUUAUCUCUAGUGAUGCUCUUCGAUAAAGUAUUGGUGUAGACACAAGCAUUCAAGAGACACCUACAUGUUGACUUUAUCUCUAGUGAUGCUCUUCAAUAAAGUAUUGGUGUAGACACAAGCAUUCAAGAGACACCUACAUGUUGACUUUAUCUCUAGUGAUGCUCUUCAAUAAAGUAUAGAAUCUCUAGGGAUGCUCUUCAAUAAAGUAUAGAAUCUCUAGGGAUGCUCUUCAAUAAAGUAUAGAAUCUCUAGGGAUGCUCUUCGAUAAAGUAUAGAAUCUCUAGGGAUGCUCUUCGAUAAAGUAUAGAAUCUCUAGGGAUGCUCUUCAAUAAAGUAUAGAAUCUCUAGGGAUGCUCUUCAAUAAAGUAUAGAAUCUCUAGGGAUGCUCUUCGAUAAAGUAUAGAAUCUCUAGGGAUGCUCUUCGAUAAAGUAUAGAAUCUCUAGGGAUGCUCUUCAAUAAAGUAUAGAAUCUCUAGUGAUGCUCUUCGAUAAAGUAUAGAAUCUCUAGGGAUGCUCUUCGAUAAAGUAUAGAAUCUCUAGUGAUGCUCUUCGAUAAAGUAUAGAAUCUCUAGGGAUGCUCUUCGAUAAAGUAUAGAAUCUCUAGGGAUGCUCUUCAAUAAAGUAUAGAAUCUCUAGUGAUGCCCUUCGAUAAAGUAUAGAAUCUCUAGGGAUGCUCUUCGAUAAAGUAUAGAAUCUCUAGUGAUGCUCUUCGAUAAAGUAUAGAAUCUCUAGGGAUGCUCUUCGAUAAAGUAUAGAAUCUCUAGGGAUGCUCUUCAAUAAAGUAUAGAAUCUCUAGGGAUGCUCUUCGAUAAAGUAUAGAAUAAAGAACAGCUAACUUCAGGUCUGCGCCGAAAUGUAUUCCUUUCAUCAUGGAGUUUCUUGGGGAGGACCUCAAUGAGUCUCCUCUUAAGAUCUCUUCCCCACUUUCGCUCGGGAGCCUUCAACGCUUUCAAUUUCCUCGUCCCCCCCCCUCCACCACGCCGAUCAGUGUGGAAGUGCGUUGCAGAAAAUAAGCUUGUGCAAAGAGAAUAACUGGAGAUAUGCCUCAAGCCGAGUUAAUAAUACCUAAUUUUCACGUUGAUAGAGGAAAUGUCAGCCACCCCACCUCAACCCCACCUCACAAAAAAGGGGGGAACCUGAAUUGCCCCCCUAAGCCCACCCCUCUCCCCCCACGUAUCAAAUGUCUCAAACAAAUAAUGAGCUUAGAUAAACGCCAAAAAAAUGCACACGUAAAGCCCCUUUUCAUACACCUCCCCUUUUUUGCUCAAGAGACAUCGAUUUCUGCCCCCCCCCCUUAGCAUGCCCACCUCAACAAAUGCUAUGCCGGCCCCCUAGGUGACGAGUUGUAAGGAACACGAGGCACGUCUGACAUUCAUACCAGCAGUAGCCGGACGUCGGGCUCUUUUAUUUAUUUGUUUAAAAUACAUAUUGUAAAAGCAACAACAAGGUCGGAAUUUGCCCACAGCUUUCACAAGUAAUAUUUUAUAAAAAUCCCAGUGUUUAUAUACAUUUAUAUUAUAAAUGCCAAUUUUAAGUUUUAGAUUCAUUAAUUAUUAUAGAGACCUUUUUUUUUUCUCUCUUAAACAUUGUUUUGUGUCAGUUUGCCAUCUGCAGAAUUAAGCUUGGUUUCAUCAAAACGUAAAGAUUUCACCUAAAAUUCUAGCUUGUGGUCUGGACUUCAAUCCCCAGACUAGACCAGCCAAAAUAAAAAAACACUAGCACCCCGUUAACCUUGGAUGGGAACUCUGAAAUUUAACCAAAGGAUGGAGUCCGGUAUGCGCUAUGGCAUGGACGCAAUGACAAUUCGGACAACUCCUGCCACGUUGAAAGCAAAGAGAGCACAAUGAAACACACGAGACACACUGAUGGGCAUUAGUAUCAUCCUGGUCAAUUUCCAGUCACGGCUACUACUCAAGGGGUAGCCUUGGUCAUCUUCGCAUGGGAAGGACGAACUAGAUGUAUCUAUAGGGGCACAUCCAGAAUUUAAAAUAGAAAAAAAAAUUUAGUUCACACUUGUAAGACUUUUACAUAAUCGCUUUAAAGGAUUUUCUAAUUCGUGAAUCAUUCUAUUAAAUUUAACGAAUUUUUUAAUCUCACCCUCAGGUUUACCUGUCAUCCCAGUUGCCAUUGUCUUGAUCAUUGAUCCUGAUCUUUAUAAAGGUGGAAACAAAUAGUAGGUUUAACAUUUUAUUUUGUUUUAAUAAACGAGUAUUAUUAAUAAUGUGUUUAAUAGAUUUUCUGUCUAUUCUGGAAAGCCGUGGAAUAGUUCUGCAUUCAAAACAAAAUAAUCUCUACAUAAUGUUCUGCAUGAACAGAUUCAAAUCAUGGCACCUUACUAAAAACAUUAAAAAUCUAUUUGUUAGAAAACCCGUCUAAAAUUAAAGAUAUUGGUCGUGUCAACCUUGGUGGCUACGAUAUUGUGACUCACAAAUUAACCUUAAAGAACUUAAAUUAUUCACCGAAGCUGCCUAAAAGUUAUUUAAUUUGUGUGCGUCUGUUUAUCUAGUCCCAAGUACUCACAUUCUCUCAUUCACACCCCCAGCUGUUGGAUGUCGCUGCCUGCCUUCUACUACAGCUUUGUUAUCCCCGUUGGUCUGAUCGUCUUGACCAACAUCGUCAUUUUUAUCGUGGUUGGGGUCAGCCUGUGCCGUAGGAAGGACAUGAGCAAACACACAUCGAUGAGUCGGAGUCAGACUGUCGUCAACAUACGGGCUUCGUUCAUCUGUUUUUGUGUGCUAGGUGAGUGCGGUUAAAUAAGAGGUAAAUGUAGAAGUUGAAUAGGGGAAAGUUCUAGCGGUAAAAACGGAUAGACCUCUUCAUUGGUGGUAAAAAGGAGUGAUUACAGGAGUAAAUGAGGAAUAACUCUAGCAGUCAAUCAGAAAUACCCCCCCCCCUUUUGCGUAAAUGAGCAACUCCCUAAGUAAUUGAAGGAUAACUUCCUAAGUAAAUGAGGAAUAAUUUUGGAGAUAAAGUAUCUUACAUUAACUUUAUUGCCCAAAGUAAAAAAUGUAUGUGGUAUUUUCUUAACAAUUUUCUGCAUACGUGCCAUGCAUUUUAAUAAAAAAAAAUUAUUGGAAUGCUCGCUUAUCAUAUGCAAGAUAAUGAUUGAAAUAAGUUAUUAAUAUUUCAAUAUGUAGCCCGAAUGCAAAUUUGGCUCAGUUAUCUCUUCUCUUCAUUGUUGUCUAUUAUAUAAAGUAGAUUACCUUUCUUCUCCAGGCACAAAUAUAUCAUAAUACAAACAUUUUUAAAAGGAAAUUGUAUGCAUAUAUGACACUACGACCUAAAAUGCUAUAAUAAGAUACUAGCGUAUUUAUUUCUACUUAUUGUCUUUAAUAACAUCUCACAAUAUUUUUUAUCAACCGUUUCAGGUCUGUCCUGGAUAUUUGGCUUCCUGGCCAUAGAUGACGCCCGCAUUGUUUUCCAGUACAUGUUUUGUAUAUCUGCGUCACUGCAGGGAUUCGUCAUCUUUGCCAUGAUGACUGCACGGGAUAAAAAUGUCCGUGCUUUCUGGCUGUCAAAGAUUUGUCUUUGCUGUACCAGAACAGAAAAAAGAGGUAGAUAUAGCAUUCCGGGUCAGCUUUACAUUCAUUCAAACUAAUACCAAUAAGUCAGCUUUCUAGAAGAGGCUUACAAUAAUUCCAACAUUACCAUGAUUGAUACCAAUAAGUCAGCUUACUAGGAAAGAGCUAUAAUCAUCCUAACAUUACCAUGUGUGAUACUAAUAAGUCAGGUUUCCUUUGUGGUCAGUGUUCAGUAUGUACUUUAGUUGUUCAGGCAUUGCUGAAUUAUCCAUGUGAUCUGUAUAUAGUAAGUACUGUAGUUGUUAAGGUAUUGCUGACAUAUACUUUGUAAUCAGUGUUCAGUAUGUACUUUAGUUGUUCAGGCAUUGCUGAAUUAUCCAUGUGAUCUGUAUAUAGUAAGUAUUGUAGUUGUUAAGGUAUUGCUGACAUAUACUUUGUAAUCAGUGUUCAGUAUGUACUUUAGUUGUUCAGGCAUUGCUGAAUUAUCCAUGUGAUCUGUAUAUAGUAAGUAUUGUAGUUGUUAAGGUAUUGCUGACAUAUACUUUGUAAUCAGUGUUCAGUAUGUACUGUAAGUAACCAUCUACUAUUUUAACACACCAGGAUUUUUAUUAGAAUUUAGAGAAGGUGUUACGGUAAUGCUGACUUAUCCUUGUGGUCUGUGUUUAGUAUUUACUGUAGUUGUUAAGGUAUUGCUGACACAUACUUUGUGAUCAGUGUUCAGUCUGUACCGUAGUUGUUAAAACAUCGCUGGCUUAUCCUUUCUGAUCAGUGUUUAGUAUGUACUGUAGUUGUUAAGGCAUCGCUGACUUAUCCUUUCUGAUCAGUGUUUAGUAUGUAGUGUAGUUGUUAAGGCAUUGCUGACUUAUCCUUUUCAUCAGUGUUCAGUAUGUACUGUCAUUAAACAUCUACUAUUUAAACCCCUCAGAAACAGGAAGUGCCACAAAGUCGGGUGCUUGUAAUUUAGCUGCCAUGUACAGUGAUGAGUCAAAGUCACGUGACUCAAACUCCAAAGACAGGAGUGGCGACAACACCAUCUCUGGAAGUGUCAGUGACAGCCCAGAGUCCGUCACAGCACCAAGGCUAUAAUUGUCAGUGACAGUGCAGAUGCAACGACAACACCAUCUCUACAACUGUCAAUGACGUGGUACCGACAUUUCAGAAAAUUGAUUUUAAAUUUGGAUCUUCUGUUUUGGGAUAUAUUUUUUUUUUAAAUUGAGUUUUAAAAAAUAUUAACACUUUUAAGAUUCAGGAAAUAUGGAAACGAAAUAUUGAUUAUUAGAUUUUUUUGUCAUUGUCAUAAUUUCAAAGACUGACAGAGUUUGCCAAUAAAGCGUUUUCAUGUCUUUGGAUUCAAGCUUCCACAUAACUCGUAAAACUGUUUCCUUCACACAGCUUGGACGCGGUCCUUCAAAAAUCAACAAACAAACAUUAUAGUGUAAAAAUGAAAAUUUAAGCCCAUGCUUGCCUUAACGAUGUUAUGGAUGCGACAAUGUAAAGAUGAAUGUUUUAACAUGUUUGAGACAAAAAGCGUUUAGCCAUCGUUAACGGAGUCAGUAUUAGUCACAAGAACUAGAACUUAGCUAGGGCAGGCCCAAAGACACACAUAAAUGAUUCUUCGCAUUAAGAUUCACCUAAACAUCCUCCAUUUUAGAAAAAAACAUAUUAAUGAGACACAGACAUGCAGAAUUAAAGAAAACCUUUUCUUGUACGAUUCACAGUGUGAAUUACAUCUGCGUUUGUCAAAAGUGUGGAAAAUCAUUGGAGGAGGAGACCGGUCGUGGCCUUGGAGACCGUUUUAGAGGUUAUCUGUAAAACUUAAACGAGCAUUUUCUCCAGUUUCCAAACAUUUCUAUAGUGCUAGCCAUACUGAAAUAGUAACAUUGUAGUUACUGGCAUCUUGUGUGCAAAUAACACACCUAGAGGGAAUUUAUAUGGAAAAUAAAUUAAUAACAGGAUUUGAUAGGUUAGCUUCAUACGGUACAAACCAAAUUUCAAAACUUUACAUGGCGUCAAUGUCAUUAUUCUGUGUUGUUUUGUAACUUUUCUUCCACCCCCUUUCUUUCCGUGUUUCUGAUCUCUGUUUUUGUUAGGUACUUCCGCCCACUCUUAGUCUUUUCUUUCAUUUUUAACUAGGAGACAUGUACAUAUGUUAUGCACAUUUAAUUUAAACUUAUAUGAUUUUUUUUUGUUGUUUUACCGAUGAAGGCAUUUGCCGAAAUGGUUACAUUAAAUGUAGAAUUUGUGUUGUGUAAAAUCAUUACUAAACCUCAACCUACAUUGUUUUAUUUACGCUCAUUGUUCAUGUCUCAAACUUUAAAUAUUUAUCGCAGUCAAACCCUUUUAAAAGACACAUCCGUGUAUCUUUCACCUAAAAAUAUACACUUCAUUAUCUUCUUGUCAAAAGAUGUACAUAUCAAACUUUCAUUCCUUCGAAAAACACUCAAGAUGUUCUUUCUUUUAAGAGACAUACACUGUAAUCUUCCCGUCAAAUGAUAUAUAUAUUUAUAUAUUUAGCAGACGUUCAUUCCUUCAAAAUACCCUCAAGAUGAUCUUUCUGUCAAAAGAAACUCAAUAUUAUAUUCCCCUUAAAGAUACAUCAGAUAAUCUUACCGUCAAAAGACGAACCAUUGUGCUCGCCGUUCUAAAGACACAGAGGAUGAAAUUCUCGUUGUGAAUAGCAAUUGUUGUCAGAAGGAAAAACAGUUGAGAAAUGACAAUCCCAAUGACUCCCACUCUUAGAGCAAGACGUUGCGAUGCUUAGUUUCCACCUAGAGGAUUCCAUAAAACUUACAACUUCAGUUCAAAAUUGACGUCACCGGUCUCAUUGAUCUGAGUGAUUAAAUGCAUGUUAAAUUUGUGAACUUUUACAAUGGACGGAAUCGCAUUUUUUUCCACCUCCACUAAGGAAACAACUCAGGCGAUAACAUUUGAUGAUUAUAAUCUUGUUCUUUAUUAGGCUGACACUUAGCUUAUACUUUCUCUCAUCUCGAAACUCUGACUGCCCUCUUCUCAUACCGUCAGAGCUCUCCCUGACUGUCUGCUUCUCUGUCCAGCCGCGUUCUCUCCAGUCCUGUCCAGGGGUCCCUAUUUAUAAGUCCCUGGUUCAUAGAGUUCCUUCCCAGGUCUGUAAUCUGACGCGCCCGGCGCUUUGAUCAGUCGGUCGUGGUCCGAACUCUCCACAAUAUUAUGUGGGCUCCAGUGAAUGAGCUUAAUUAGUAGUCCUCAACAACCACUCCACGGGCUCGUGCCAGCCAGCAGAUGUUUCCUGUCGGUCUACGGUCUGGUGCAAGCCAACAGGUGUUUCAUGUCGGUAAACGAUCUGGUGUCAGCCAGCAGAUAUUAUCUGCCGGACCAUGAAAUUUUUUUUAACCAUAAUAUAAAAAUAUUUACGUCUGCAACGAAGUAUAGCGGGACACAUUAGCGUAGGAAGCGGGGCUAAAUAUUUAGGAGCAGCAUUUGUGAGAAAACUGCAGACUUCAUCUUGAAGGAGGACGUCAUUAUUAGCUGCACGACCAGAGUGACACCACCCCAUCCCCUGGUUAACCAGUCAGUGUCUAACUGCGUAAUCGUAUAUCAGCUUCUCUUUUAUCAAGUUGGCUUAAAUCAGUUAGUCUUAAAUCAGUUUGUGUAAUAUAAUUUUGUCUUGUAUCAGGUUGUCUUAUAUCAGGUUGUCUUAUAUCAGGUUGUCUUAUAUCAGGUUGUCUUAUAUCAGGUUGUCUUAUA